AUGUCCCACUUCCCCAUAUUUACUCUCACCGGCUGCAAGUCUCAAACAUCAACCCCUCCGGUGAGACGACACACCUGUGAGGCUCGUGGGACCCCCAGCCAGCAGAUGGCAGAACCUCAGCAGGAGUGCAACUCUUUCAGUGUGAGGACGGCAGCUCCAAACAGAAGGCACAGUUCUGAAGAGACCAUCGGUCCUGGUUCAGGACCGGCACCAGAGCGAGGCCCUGCCGGCCGUUUUCACCCGUACCGCCGACAGUUCAGCGAUGGAGCCAUGGAGACCGCAGGUCGCCUCCAUCAGAGUGCCUCUUCUUUUACCGAUCUGCAGGAGGGGAGCAGCCCCGACACUUGCUCCUGCAGCAGCGACGUGCCGACAGCGUGGGAGCAGUACAACGGCAGCGUUCAGAGUUUGUACUCAGAACCACCAGCUGGUCUCGUGGAUCCUUACGGCUCUCUGUCUCAGAGAUUUUCAUCCUACGGCCCACUGAGUCCUCUGCAGCAGGUCCCGUCGAAGCUGUAUCCCAAUGACACCCAGCCUGAGAGCUCUAAAUACUCUGUCCAGAGUCAGACACAUCAGGACAGCAGCGCACAGUCCAUCUUUCCCAAGCCCAUUUACUCCUACAGCAUCUUGAUUUUUAUGGCCUUGAAGAACAGCAAAACAGGAAGUCUGCCUGUCAGUGAGAUCUACAGCUUCAUGACUGAACACUUUCCUUAUUUCAAGACUGCCCCUGAUGGAUGGAAGAACUCAGUGCGGCACAACCUCUCUCUGAACAAGUGUUUUGAGAAGGUGGAGAACAAAAAUGGGAGCACUUCUCGUAAAGGUUGCCUCUGGGCUCUUAAUCCAGCCAAGGUGGAGAAGAUGCAAGACGAGCUUCACAAGUGGCGCCGCAAAGACCCCCUGACUGUUCGCAGGAGCAUGGCAAGACCGGAAGAUCUUGAGCGUCUGUUGGGGGAAAAACCGGACAAAUUGAGAUCUUUGCCACCUUACAGCACCAGAGUGGCCCCCGUAUACAGCCCGACCUCAUCACCCUUAACUCCUGCUCAGCCUCCCAUUCAGUCGUCACAGUACGCCCACCUUCAACCUGGGCAACAUUAUUAUCUCCCCCCCGUGGCUGCUCAGCCCGGCAACUCAUUCGCCCUGUACUCACACUGCGGACAGCAGCCGACGGUGGACGUCCCAUUAGCCACAGGAUGUUUGAACUCACCUGUGGCGGGAAAAAGGCCACGCAUUUGCAAUGUUGGGUUGCCGGUUGAGUUAAGUGUCGAUCCGAGAGGCAUGCAGGACCUGCUGCAAGAGGGGGACACCAGUUAUGACAUUGACACGCUAAACCCAAGUCUUACUGACCUGCAGCUGCAAGAUAACCUGUGGGAAGAGUUAAGGGAGGACAGCUUGAUUUCAGAUCCACGUGUUACCAACACAUCCUCCACAACCUUCGUCCUACAGGACCACCACAUCCAGACAGGUUGUCCACAAGUCUCUCCUCCUUUCUGUCCCACGUCAGUGGGGGCUGCUGGUGGUUGUUAUAAAGUGGCGUAUGAAGAUGAGGAUGCUGACAGACGUUAUUGGAAUGGACUACAUCCUGUGGGUUAUUCAGGAAUAGAGAGCUUGGCUGGUUGUCUAACCUCCUGCACUACAUCUGUCACCUUAAUGUGAACCUUUGGUCCCUCCACUGGCCCUGACUAUUGACCUUAUG